GAUCAUUCACAUUCGCAUUCGCAUUCACAUUCACAUCAGCAUCCCACUACACCAGUCAACUUCCUCUCUCCGACUUCACCCCUUCCCCCCCGACCUCUUUCCCCCAAACCAAUUCCCUCCUCCCCCUUCCCUCAAAAGAGGAAGAAGAAGAAGAAGAAGAAGAAGAACAAGAAAUCCCAAAAAUGUCCAGUUCCACCACCCGCCUCCCCCGCUCCUCCACCCCCCCCGAGAAAUCCUACUUCGAGCAACAGCGCGAGAUUCUACUCGGAGAAAUAGCCAUUAGUUUCGAACACGUCCUCUCCAGCAUCAACAAAUUGAACCGGUCUCUAGAGGGUGUAAUCGCCGUCGGCAAUGAAUUCUCCUCCGUCGAAGCCCUCUGGUCCCAAUUCGAAAACGUCAUGGCCAAAGAUCCCUCCCCCGAAGGCUCGCCCGAAGAAGAUCACCAAAAAGAACAACAACAACAACACCAGUCGCACAGCAGUAAACGCGAAGAGUACGAGGGAGAAGAAACGAUUAUGGAGGAUGAUACACGGGUUUAAAUUGAGGGGCUGAGGAAGAAAGAAAAGAGGUUUGGGUGUGCCAAGCUAUGAGAGGGUUACGGACUGCACUUAUCAUGAUAAACAUGAGAUGGCAAGAGGAGUUCUGGACUGGAGUAUGAUUGAUACCCUUUGUUACGUUUCAUUCUUCUAAAUUUCUCACGAUUUUCACGCAUUUUACCAAGACGAUGGAAUUUGCGACAUCUACAAUAAACUAAACUCGAAAAUCA